GACGGACCGACCCUGACUGACCGACGGCCCCUGACGGACCGCCCCAGCCAGAGCCCGCGCAGCAACUCCGGAUGGCUGGGUCAGGCAGAGGACGGGGCCGUGCUGCGUUUACCUUCAACAUCGAGGCUAUCGGCUUUGCGAAAGGUGCAUCUCUGCCUGACGUCGUCUGUAAGCCUCCGCCGCCGUUCCCUAGUACAGACAAUAAGCCAGUGCCUCUGAAAACAGGAGAAGAUGAAGAUUACAUGUUGGCCUUAAAACAAGAUCUUAGAGGAACUAUGAAAAAAAUGCCGUAUUUUUUGGCAGUAGAAGAAGAUCGUGAAGCAAUUGAGAGGUACAGUAAAAAGUACCAGGACAGUGAAAAGGAGCAUGCAAUGUGGACCCCAGAUUGGAGAAGACUCCCAAGAGAGAUGAAGCCAAAGAAGAAGACCAAAAAAGCAGGUGCAAAACCAAAGAAAGCAAAAAGCUCUGAGCCUAAAAGUAAUCUGGAUGUGUUGAAAAAAAUUGAGGAGUUGGAAAAGAAGGAUGAUGAAGAAGAAAAAUCUGAAGAUGAGAAAGACAAAACAAAAGACAAAGAAGGUGAAGAUGAUGAGGAAGCAGAAGAACCCGAGGAAUACGAUGAAGAGGAGCAUGAAGAGGAAAAUGACUACAUUUCUUCGUAUUUUGAAGAUGGAGAUGACUUUGGUGCUGGCAGUGAUGACAAUAUGGAUGAAGCAACGUAUUAGCUGUUGUUGCUAGGUGGCACAGUGCUCAAGCCUUACGCUACUUGAAUUCUGGAGGUAGGCUGAGUAUCAACAGAACUAAAGUUUUAGCUCUGCUGGUUUUAAGCAUGCUCUCCACAAUAAUGGUGGACAGUUCUGUUUAACUGUACUAUGCUGUAAAACAGGAUAUGGGAUCCCUUGUUUUGUUCUUUUGCCAAAAGUUUUGCAGACAUGCGCCUUUUUAAGGUUCUCUGGAAUGCCUACUGAUGGAGUAAGCUAUAUGCCAUUGUAUUGCCUCUGCACAGAAAAAGAAUGUAUGCAUUCUAAUCGACGUUGUGCCUAAGCAUUUGCACUAGUCAUUUCUAUGCUUUAGCAGUCAAAUCUUGAAAAUAAUAGUGAAAUUCUUGAUGACUGCAGCAAAAAAAAAAAAAAAAGAGAUAUAAGCUGCUCGUAUCUGGCAGCUGACUUCUCUGAAGGAAUUUAUGUAACUUCUGAAUUCAGGUGACUGAAAAAAAUUGACCACUAAGCACUUUAAUAUAAACUGACUUGAAAGGACCUUAGUAACAGGGACAAGCAACAUAAUGAGAGUAUUUUGAAGAGCCAUUAUUCUAGCUAAAAGAAAUUAUUUUUAGUAUUUUGGUAAAAAAGAACUGUAAUAUUUAAACAAUGUGUUACCUUUCUGAAUCAGCGUAAGUAAUAAUGGAGGCGAAUUUCAUUUAGGAAGAAUGUAUGGAAGAAUUUAAGAUGGAGAAAUUAUGGACUCCUGGUUUUCAGCAGUGUCGCACAGAUUAGUGACGAGAAUUUCAGUCCCUCACCUCAGUUUCUCCGCCUCUUACGGCGAUACGAACUUUCCUACCUCACAGGGCUGUUACUCGAGAUGGCAGAUGAUAGCUAUCCAAGCUAAUGCAUUUAUUUACUUGCCUACAGAACAAACAAGACAGAAAUUUAACACACAGCAAAUCAAUAGAAAAAAAACCAAACAAAAA